CUGACUCUAGAAUUGCUACCAAGAGUUGAUAAAAUAUUAUUAUUUGGCCCGUUCGACUUGAGCUAAACACUCUAAGUGAAUAAGAGGGUCUUUGAGGCUUUUGUUUUAGGCCCUAGUCGGACAUAUUGGAGUAGUGAAGCAAAGAAGCAAGCAAGAGCAUAAUACACUUUCCUCCUUUGACGCAGGUAGAACAACUCCAUCACUCACAAAGCUUAGACCUUUACUUACAGUUGUUGGUUGGACAAUGAAGAAGGGAAUACAUCCACAGAUGCAAUGGAUCUCUUAUGUGACACAGAGCGGUAGAUUGAUGCACGUCAUGAUGACAAGGAUCCACCAUGUUGGCAAAGUCUAUCACUUUGGCGCUAAGCAUCAGUUGGCUCAAAGCAUUGGCCAGAUUGCCAAGUUCAAGCGUAGGUUUAACGAGCAAGAGGAAGAACCUUCCCAUGACAAUAACAUCGACAACCAGAACAAGUAACUGCCUACUCCAACUCUUCUUCUCUCUUUCCUUUCCUCAAAAACCAAAUUUGAACAAGGCUGAAGACUUUGCACUUUUGCUCAAGGCACUAUGAACCUUGCUUUUGUUUCUUCUGAUUGAUUUUCACAGUUCUUGAGUCGCACUGUUUCAUCAAUAAAAAAAUUAUUAUUGUUCUUUGAGAAGACUGAAUUAUUCACA